CUGAGAUGGCACAGUUAUUCAUCAGUUCAGUUCGCUCCUCCAACAUGAACACAUUUACGAUUUGCCUCGUCUUCGGACUGGCCGUUGGUGUGUUCGGUGGUGAUACUAAGAAACACGAGAAGCGAGGAGUCUAUGGCGAAGGACUAUAUGGAGGAGGUCUAGGAGGAUUUGGCUCAACAUUUGGAGGAGUUAGCUCAGGACUGUAUGGAUCUGGUCUAGCUCAUGGAGUCUCCUACGGUUCUGGACUCGGCUACGGAUCAGGGCUCGGAGUUGGAUCUGGACUCGGACUCGGAUACGGAGUCGGUUCAGGACUUGGUCUUGGAUCUGGAGUUGUUCUCGGCUCUGGAGUUGGCUCUGGAUUAGGUCUGGCGACUGGAGUGGUCGGAGGAAACGAAGUCGUGUCAAGGCACGUCACAGUCACUCACCGUGUUGCUGUUCCUGUCCCACAGCCUGUGCCAGUUCCUGUUGAAAGAACUGUAGCUGUUCCUGUACCCCAUCCCGUCAGUGUUCCGGUCGACAGGCCCUACCCAGUGCAAGUACCACGACCCGUCCCAGUUCCGGUCGAAAGACCUUACCCUGUACCAGUGGAACGUCGUGUCCCUGUUCCUGUUCACCACACUGUUAAUGUACCUGUACCUCACCCCGUCGCUGUGCCUGUUCCAAGGCCUGUCGCUGUUCCUGUCGUCAGAAACGUACCAGUUCCCGUUCCCCACCCAGUAGCCGUCCACCAACCCGUACCUGUCCACGUCUCUGUUCCGGUCCACACUGGAGUCGUUGCUGCUGCCCCAGUAGUCGGUGUCUCUUCUGGACUCGGUUUCGGUUCUGGUUAUUCUGGACUUGGAUACGCUUCAGGAGUUACUGGACUCGGGUACGGUUCUGGAGUUUCUGGUCUCGGAUACACUUCAGGAGUUACUGGACUCGGGUACGGUUCUGGACUUACUGGAGUUUCUGGACUCGGAUUUGGUUCUGGUGUUACUGGCGUUUCUGGACUCGGAUACGGUUCUGGAGUUUCUGGACUCGGAUACGGUUCUGGAGUUUCUGGACUCGGAUACGGUUCUGGCUUCUUAUCUGGCCACGGUCUUGGCUCAACUGUAGCGGUUGGAGGUCACCACAAAGUAUUGUAAUCGUCCGUCAACACUGAUCUUUUCAUCCAUUUCUUUACAUUCAUUCUUCAUUACUGCGUGGUGAUUAGUAACCGUUAGUCGAUGAUUAUUCCGAAAUUGUGAGAUGCGGUUCACACCAGGCCGCAUCUCACGAUUUCCCAAUAAUCUUCAUUACUACAUUGUAUAUACUUCAUUUUUAUAUUGUUAAUAAAUUUUGUAAUGUCAA